UCAACUCUUUGGAAACGUGUUACCAACAACAUUCUGCUCACCCACUCCCUCCCCCUGUUCCUCUCUAAUUACUCAUAGUCAGCAGUCUCAGGUCUUCUCUACAGCAAAUUCUGUGCAACUAAAAGUUUCAUCCAUAUUCGAUACGUCUCUUACCCGCAUUACCGCUAUAACUCGGGCCGCCACUCCUCUGCAUUUACUCAACAACCAUUUCUCCUAGGUCCUUUCUUCCUCUUCUUAUGUUGUCAACAAUGUCCUUUUCUCUCCAAUGGGUUUUUCUUAGAAACGUGAUCACUUUUGAUUGAACUCAACCCCACCAGAAAAAGAGAGGGCCUUUUACUGAAUAAAACAAAUAAAAAGUGUGUCUUUUUGCCUCUCUCAUGAAUCUCUGCUUUGGGAUUGAUACUGUAGCUUGUAAUACCAGAAUAAAGAAUUUGAAUAGGGAUUGGUACAGAAACUAAUGAUGGCUAGUAUAAAGGGUGUACCAAUCUGCAAGGCUUGUUGUGCGACCAAUAAUAAUCACCGUCAUUGCUACUAUUACUCCAAACAAGUUGGUCUUUCAGAAUCUGGGUCUAGGAAUUUGUUGAAUCUGAGAGUGCAGAACAAAUGGGAAUGUAGAUUGGGGGGUGUAUUGACAAAGACCCAGACGGCAACUACACCAGUAGAGGAAAAUGACAAGCCUUCUGUUGAUGGAAAUGGAGAGACUCAGAUCACAGAGACAAGGAGAUUUCACAGAGAUUUACAAUCUCUCCCAAUUAAGAAAGCUUCAAUUGCAGGACCAUUGUCUGCAAUUGAUCUUUCUUCUUCUCUAAGUGAUGGUUCCAAGGUGCGGGUUGCUUAUCAGGGGCUUCCAGGUGCAUAUAGUGAGGCUGCUGCACUUAGAGCAUACCCCGAAUGUGAGACUGUACCAUGUGAUGAAUUUGAGGCUGUCUUCAAGGCAGUUGAAUUGUGGUUAGUGGACAAAGCUGUACUACCCAUCGAAAAUUCUGUUGGUGGGAGUAUCCACCGUAAUUAUGACUUACUCCUUUUUCACAGGCUGCACAUAGUUGGGGAAGUGCAGGUGGUCGUAAACCACUGCCUCCUUGGAUUGCCUGGCGUUAGAAAAGAGGAGCUAAAGCGUGUUUUAAGCCAUCCUCAGGCCCUUGAUCAAUGCGAGAUGACACUAAACAAGUUAGGUGUUACAAAAGUCAGCACCAACGAUUCUGCUGGCGCUGCUCAGAUUACAGCAGCUGAACGUGUGAGGGAUACCGGAGCUAUUGCAAGUGUGCGAGCUGCAGAAAUUUAUGGGCUUGAUGUUCUAGCUGAAAGAAUUCAGGAUGACACUGAUAAUAUUACCCGUUUUCUGAUACUUGCGAGAGAACCUAUAAUCCCAGGCAGUGAUAGGCCCCAUAAGACUAGCAUUGUCUUCAGCCUAGAAGAAGGGCCUGGGGUACUAUUUAAAGCAUUAGCAGUUUUUGCUUUGAGGAACAUUAAUUUGUCCAAGAUUGAGAGCCGACCACAAAGAUAUAGGCCGCUAAGGAUUGUUGAUGACUCUAACAAGGGUAGUGCCAAGUAUUUUGAUUACCUCUUUUAUGUCGACUUUGAAGCAUCUAUGGCAGAGCCUCGAGCCCAGUAUGCUCUGGCACAUCUCCAGGAAAUUGCAAAAUUCCUUCGUGUCCUUGGUUGCUAUCCAAUUGACACAACUCUAUAAAUGAAUGCCCCUACAAAAUUUGAUCAGACUAUUACUUUGAUUUCCAUGGUACAAAGGAAGGUUUCAGCUUCAUAUCUGUGCGUAUACAGUCUUUCAAGUAUUCUGGGAAGACUUUUCCCUACAUAUGAUAAGAGCAAACAAGAUUGGAUGCCAAGCUUACCCUGACAAUAUAUCUAUCGUAUUUAAUUCUUUUCAUCUUCCUAGGAAAGUUUCAGACUCAAUGUUUAAGCAACAGAAUGCUCAUACUCUGCAGAACAGGAUUUGCUUAUGUUGUAACUCAGAGGCAAUUCAUUGAACUUUGUGCUCCUAAAGAAGCCCCAAAAUUGAGGAAAUUUGGCCCUUCUUCUUUGAAGCAGCUGGACUCUGAUGUCUUUCCGGUUCUAGUGCCAGAUAACUCAUGUUGUCUUGACCAA